AUGGAGAAUGCUCCCGCCGUCGCGGAGUCCUUCACAGUGCAGCUUCAUCCUCAUGUCCGCAACUUCAAGGGCCACAGCUCUGGUACUUCUUGCGACCGCAUGACAAUCACAGCGUCAACACUGGAGGAGUUCAAAAUGCAACUCAUUGACAGAGUUCCUCCCCACCUCAAACGCGAGGUUGAGUUUGAUGGAGAUACGCCAUUGUGGGCACCAAGCGAAGCGCCACAGCGUGACGAUGUCAACCGCUUCGUCUAUUUCUACCCCCCCAACAAGCGGACCAUGGAACUGGAUUCGAUAACGCUUUCAACAUUGCGAUCGUGGAGAAAUGGCAAAGUUUGGCUUCACAUCCACAAGUAUUCAAAUGCUGUGUCAUCCAAAGCACGUUGGGUACUGGUUGAGAAGAACUUGAUUGCCCCUGCUGAGCGAGAUAGAGCUGGAGCAGCAACAACAGCAUCACUAUUUGAUCUCAAAAGACGCCUGCGAGAACUCCAUCCCAAUUUCCAAUCGCAUGAUAUCAAUUGGCACCUGUGGGCCAAUGCAAUUCAAUCAUCUGAAGCCCAUCUUCAGGAAGGCAUGAUGACUCAACCACCACCACCGCACCUCAUUCACUUGUUCAACUUUGCACCAAUUAGUGCAGAAGUCCAAUUAACCAACUUGCGGCGUGGUGUUGGAAUCGCUGCAUCAUUCAACGACAAUAUCAGCAACAGUGUCAAGAUCAUUGCGCAAGCGGUCAAAAGUUUGAAACGAAA